AUGGUGGCACAAGGCUCCCGAGCCAAGCCAACCAGGCGCCUGAAAAAGGGCACCGAAACCACAAAGCACCACCGAUUCGAGGGCUUUUCUUCGCGCAUCGCAAAGCUCAAAAUCGACCCGAUCCACCGCGUGCGCCGCGCCAGCUUUGGCGAAGAAGAUGGCGAGACCACCUCCUACUUCCGGUCCGCCCUCGACCACUGGGUUGAGAUGAACCUUACGGACAACUUUUCCCAGUUCGCUCGCCGUGUCAAUAACCUCUCCGAGAGCCUCGCCCAGAUCCUGUACCACGAAGAAAAGAUUAUGAGCUUGUUGAUGGAAUUCAUUGAGAAGAGGGACCAGCUAUCUAUGGAGCCGCUGCUGAGCUUGCUGGCGCAGUUUGCGCGAGACCUGGGUGUUCGGUUCGAGAAACAUUUUGCCGCAUCCGUGACCCUCGUAGCGUCUGUCGCUGCUACUCAUCCCGAUAUCGAGGUCGUCGAGUGGAGUUUCACUUGUCUCGCAUGGAUCUUCAAGUUCCUGUCUCGCCUCUUGGUGCCGGAUUUGCGCCAGCUGCUGGGUAUCAUGACUCCGUACCUCGGCAAGGAACGCCAGAAGCCGUUCGUGGCUCGAUUCGCCGCAGAGUCCAUGUCAUUCCUGAUCCGCAAGGCUGGCCUUGUAUACUACAAGAACAAGAUUCCUCUCGAAAACGCCGUCACCUUCCUGUUCGAUGAUAUCUCGAAAGCGGCUGAUGAUGGGAUCAACGUUGAGAACUAUAAAGAAGGAUUGAUGGUCAUGUUUUCAGAAUCUAUCAAGGGUAUCAACUACGGACUUCAUUCCAAUGGAAUCGAUGUUCUCCGUUGUAUUUUGGACAAGCUUCCCCCCACCAGUGAGGCGCAUAAUGAACCGGCAGAGGUCGUAUACGGAGUGGUGACCAAUCUUAUCCAUUCCACUACUCCUGAGACCUUUCCCCCUGUCCUUGAUGCUAUCAAGGAAUACAUCGAAGCUCGCUCUGAGGGAUCUCAAAAUCCUAAUAUCACUGAAUGUUCCAGCUUGAUCUUCACCUGCGUGGCAACUCGCAAGGGUUUGAGGAUCAAGAACUGGAAGCCUGUGCACCAGGUGUUGGUGUCUCUCUUGAAGCAAGUGUCAGCGAGCCCUGACAAGUACAUGGAAACAAUUCCUCAACUUCUUACAGUUGUCGCAUACGCUCUCCAAUUGUCGCCAAUGGACGAAAUGCUGCCGUUUAUGCGCACUCUUAUGGACUUGGUAUCAACGGGACCGCUGUCAAAGUACUUCUUGUUCUUCUGCACAACUUUCUCCGAGUGGGGAUCAGAGCGUUUCCAUAGCCUCCUGCUUCCUUACUUCCAGAAGUUCAUCAACUCCUCCUGGAAGGAGCAUGAAUGGGAGACGUGCUUGACAAUCUUGCGACUUAACCAGACCGGCUGCAUUACACCCGAAGUCUCGAAGCCUGGUCAUGUCUCCUGCCCCGAUGCCUUGAAAACUCGCAUAUUUGACUCGUUGAAAUAUCCUACGACUGACGAGUCUCUCCUUAAUGCAUUGAUCAAGCUUCCAAAGGCUGUUUCACUUUCUGCGGACUCCAGCAUGCUGACCAAGAUCGUGAAGAAGUUGCACAAGAACAUUCUGUCCGCAUUGCAAGAUGCUGCCUCCGAGAAAAGCAAGGACGGAUCAAUAUUCUACCAGGGACAAGGCUUCAAGACAUACGUUGAGUUGGCUAACCAAGCUGGGGAACUCGACUCAAGCCUCUGGCGGCCGAUCUUGACAGCUUCAACCAGACUCUCUCGCGUGCCUCUGUUCCUGGAGGGUGUUCUUGCAUUUAUUUCCUCCCUCCCGGAAUCGUCAGACUUGGAAGACCCUUCGGUGAAUGAUUUCGCUCGCGACUUAGUUGUCAACCUCGCUAGUCCGUCACACAGACUGCGGGUGGUGUCCCUCCGAAUUUUGCGAGAACUAGUUGCUCGGAUCUCCAAGGAUGACCCCUCCCCUAUCGAUUUGGCUAUCGAGGUUGAAGAGAGCGAAUUGACCCUCCAGAGCGCAAGAACUCUUUCCAUGCACGUCCGCAAACUGGCACUUCUUUACCCACAAAUCGCGUCUCAAAAGUGGAUGGCCACACUCAUUCCCUACUUCCUCUUUGGUCUCUUUUCGAAGAAGCUGGCUGCACUGUGGGAGGACUCUUCUGCGGCCUUGAAGACCAUCAGCGAACACCCCGAAGGAGAGAAGAUUGUCUCUGAUUUAUCUAUUCAGUGGCUGCAGGAGCGGGACUCUGGCGCCAUGGAUGCGGACGAUGACGAGUCGGAGAGCAACUUUGUUUCUAGCGACUUCCAAUGUUUUAAUGCUCUCAAGGUGGAGAGUGUUUCCGUUGCUAAUUUCAAGAAUACGGAGGAUCCCUCUGCUGUCUUGUCGCAGCAGUUCGAAAAGGACCACAGCACGUCAGACCUUAUCCCCACCACUCCUCGCAGCCAUGCACUGCUGGUAUUGAACGCCAUUCCUAAUAUUGCCGAGAAACGAUCCCGUCAAAUUGUUCCUCUGUUCUUGUCAUGGGCACUGCGCGACGACCAGGACGACGCUCCUGACGCCAAGGUCGACGAUGCAGACCCCGAGAACAUGUCUAUCCGAUGGGGCUUCCGUGACCGUUUGGCCAUGCUUGGCUUGUUUGGGCGGUUCCUGAACCCGAAGGUCCUCUUCAGAGAACCCGAAGUCCACAGUGCAGUGCUUGGACUUCUGUGCCACGGUAACUCAGAGAUCCAGAAGGCCGCUCUUAAGGCUCUCUUCACUUGGAAGAAUGCGCACAUCCUGCCCUACCAAGAGAACCUCCUCAAUAUUCUGGAUGAGUCAAGAUUCAAGGAUGAACUUGCCGUUUUUGUCCACGUUGGUAGCGAAGACAGUUUGAUUGAGCAGGAGCACCGCCCUGCCUUGCUUCCCGUGCUUCUUCGAUUGCUGUACGGCCGCAUGAUCUCCAAGGCUGGCGCAAGUUCCAGUAGUGGUGGACAAGCGGGGAGGCGCAAGACUAUUCUGCGGACCCUUUCGCACCUCUCCGAGGCAGACUUUGGACUUUUCAUGCAUCUUUCAUUCGGCCCUCUUGCGGAGGUGAAGGUUGUCCAGGAUGGCAAGACAAAUUCGAAUGCCUUCUCCGAGGAAUUGACCAGCCCGAGAAGACAGGUCGGUUUGCUCAAGAUGAUCGACACGGUCUUCGACACUCUUCAAAGCCGCAUGGUCCCCUAUUCCGAACAAACAAUGAAUGUUAUUAUUUAUUGUUUAGUGCGGGCAUGCCGGGCUAUCUACGAUGAGAGCAGCUCGAUCUACGUGGACCGUGAGGAUGAGAAGGUUCUGGCUAUUUACCAAAAUGUCCGUCAGGCAUGUAUUCGCUGUCUGAACUUGGUAUUCUCUGUGGCUUCAGACCGUGAGUGGACACCUUAUGUUCGAAUCAUCUUCGAUGAAAUGAUCAACGGCAGACUUGAACAAUUCCCCAUUGAGACCGCCCAGGGUGUUUCGGGUCUGCUCCGACUCUUCCAAACUUGGGCUUCCGCUCCAAGAUCCACAUUCUACCUGGUGCAACACAACAAGGAUGUUCUGAACAAGGUUAUUGACUGCCUUGGCAUUGAGUCCGCGCGAGAUGAAGUCAAAGUCUUUGUCCUGGAAGAGGUCCUCGUGCCUCUGGUUCAGCUGGCCAGUGGAAAGAAGCUGGAGGAAGAUGAAGAAAUGUCCGACAUCCCAGCGGAGCAGAUUAGGUCUGAAGUCCUGUCGCCUUACCUUGAGCACGCCCUCUCCCACAUGGCUCGGCUCUUGAAGAGAGGUCCCUCAAAGCCUGUCCUGUUUGCAGGUGUCAAUGCCCUGUCGCAGAUUGCACCUUGCGUUGAGUCUUCUCUUGAGACUUCGACACUGAUCAGCAUUUCUACCUACCUUAUUCGACAGCCCCCGGAUCGCGUCAACCCCAGAACUAAGUCUGGUCUUCUGAAGAUUCUUGAACAUUUCCUGCCUCUGUACAACCCCAAGGAAGAUGUCGAACUUUCUCAGCAGGUCUUUGAAGCCGUGUCAGCCAUGUUUGAUUACUUCAAGGAUGACGCGAACAGAGAAGUGCUGGCACGAGUUUUUGCGGCUCUUGCUACCCACGACAAGCAACUCGUGGAAGUUGCUGAGCUUUGCGCGGACCUCAAUUCCCGCUCUAUGAAGAGACUCGAGCCCGACUUUGAGCGUCGUCUGCAGGCUUUCACAAAGAUCAACGAGGGCCUCUCUCAGACCCUCAGCGCCAAGCAAUGGAGGCCUCUUCUCUAUAAUAUGCUGUUCCAUGUCAAGGACGAUGAGGAGCUUGCUACUCGAUCCAGCGCUUCCUUUGGCUUGAAGCGUUUCAUUGAAAGAGCGGCCAUUGAGACAGGCAAGGAAGACUUCGAGGCUCUCGUUAAUGACGUUUUGCUUCCAUCGCUGAAAUUUGGUAUCAGAAACAAGUCCGAGCUGAUUCGUUCCGAGAUUGUGUCUGUUCUUGGUUAUUUCAUCAAGCUGAACCCGGAGAGGGAAUCUGUGAAGGAUAUGCAUGUGCUUCUGGUCGGUGAUGAUGAGGAAGCUUCUUUCUUCAACAAUAUUCUUCAUAUUCAACAGCAUCGUCGUCUGCGCGCUCUGCGCCGUCUGGCCAGUGAGGCUGGCCAAGGAAACAUAACGCCCACCAAUCUAGGUUCAAUCUUUAUGCCUCUCAUCGAACACUUUUCGUUCGAGGAGGCUGAGGAUGAGAGUGGCCACAAUUUGAUCGCCGAGGCUGUUGCUACCAUUGGCUCCCUUGCUGAAUGGCUGGACUGGGCCCAGUUCCGUGCGAACUUCCGGAGAUACCGCAGCUACAUGAAGAGCAAGCCUGAAAUGGAGAAGAAUAUUCUCAGGCUCCUUGGCCGCAUGUCUGAUGCUCUGUCCAGCGCUAUGGACCAAAAGAACAAGGCGAGCGAGCAAGUCAAUGAUGAUGCUGACAAGAUGGAGAUUUCUGAGCCAUCGAAGUGCAUGCUUGCCAAGACUGUUCCCUCUCUUGCAAAGGUCUCAACGGAGCUGACUACGAACUUCAUUCCUUUCCUGACCGAGUUCAUCCAUCACAAGCAAGAGGCGGAAAUGAGUCUGCGUCUUCCGGCUGCAAUUACUACGAUUAAGCUUCUUAAGAUUCUCCCCGAAGAUGAUAUGGCCAUCCGUCUACCUCCGGUUUUGCUGGAUGUGUGCAAGGUCCUGAAGAGUAAAGCACAGGACUCCCGAGACACGGCACGAAAGACGCUCAAUGAGAUUGCUCUUCUCUUGGGUCCCGUCUACUUCGGCUAUAUCCUGAAGGAGUUGCGUAAUACCCUCUUGCGCGGUUACCAGUUGCACGUCCUGUCUUUCACAGUUCACUCCAUGCUGGUGUUUACUACGGACCACUUCAACCAAGGUGAUCUGGACUACUGUUUGAGUGACCUGGUUGCAGUCGUCAUGGAUGAUAUAUUCGGUACUGUUGGCCAGGAGAAGGAAGCUGAAGACUAUGUCAGCAAGAUGAAGGAAGUGAAGAGUAGUAAGAGCUACGAUUCAAUGGAGUUGCUGUCUAAGAACGCAACUAUCGGUCACCUCUCGGGUCUCGUCCGUCCUCUCCAGUCGCUCCUGCGGGAGAAGCUCAACUCCAACAUUGUCAAGAAGAUCGAUGAACUCAUGCGGAGAAUCGGUAUUGGUCUUUUGAGAAACCCUGCCGCCGAAAGCCGUGAUCUGCUGGUCUUCUGCUAUGAAGUCGUCAAGGAGUCCUACCAGGACAGUGCUUCCACUGAGAAGCAGGCCGCGCCGAAGUCUUAUUCCGAGGAGCGGUUCUUGGUGAGGUUGCAAGGAGCCAAGCGUGGCGAUAAACGCGGUAUUACCUCUUCUCACGUGUACAAGCUGACUCGCUUCGCCGUCGACAUUCUUCGCGCCAUUCUCAACAAGUUCGGAUCCCUGUUGACCCCGACGAACUUGGCUGGGUUCCUUCCCAUCAUUGGUGAUGCCAUGGUGCAGGCCCAUGAGGAAGUCAAGAUCUCUGCUUUCCGACUUCUGUCCACAAUCAUCAAACUGAACUUGCCUGAGAUUGACCAGAACUCCCAUGUUUAUCUCACGGAAGCUGUGAAGAUGAUCAAGGAAUCCCCGAGCACCAACAGUGAAGCGGCGCAAGCCUCGCUGAAGCUCAUCUCUGCUGUGAUCCGCGAGCGCAAGAACACCAAGCUCCGUGAUGGUCACCUUGCCUACCUGCUCCACCGCCUGACUGCUGAUAUAGAGGAGCCAGACCGUCAGGGUAUUACUUUCAACUUCAUCCGCGCGGUGAUGUCUCGCAAGUUCGUUGUGCCGGAGAUGUACGAGCUCGUUGAUAGCAUUGCUACCAUGAUGGUUACGAACCAGACGCGCUCCGCUCGGGAUCUUGCUCGUGGUACUUACAUCCACUUCCUGAUUGAGUACCCUCAGGCCAAGAACCGUUGGUCAAAACAGCUCGGCUUCCUCGCAAAGAACCUGGACUACAAGCACCAGGAAGGACGACAGUCUGUCUUAGAAGCAGUCCACUUGCUCCUUUCGAAGACCGGACCGGAGAUGGCCCAGGACAUCAUCAGUACAUUCUUCUUGCCUGUUGUCCUGGCCAUGGCCAACGAUGAUUCGCCUGAAUGUCGCGAGAUGGCCGGCGCGCUUCUUGGACAGUUCUUUGCCCGCGCAGACAGAGAGCAGAUGAAGACCAUUUUGACUCCUCUGCACUCGUGGCUAGAACAGACCGACAACAUGGCUCUGUGCAGCAUCGGUCUCCAGGGCAUGCGAAUCUACUUCGAGACCGACGAGACACAGAAGGAUAAGGAGGCUCGCUUCAUCGUCGGCAUUCUCCCUGGGUUGAUGCAGCCCGUUCUCGACGACCACGAGAACGGAAACUGGGAAACCCUUUACUUCGCCUUGCAACUGUUCUCGAAGCUUUGCAAGACGGUUACUACACUUGCGCUUAGCCCGGACUGUGCGUCUAUCUGGACUGCCGUGCAAGAAUCCCUGUUCUUCCCCCACGCCUGGGUCAAGACGUGCGCUUCGAACCUUGUCGGUAUGUGGUUGGCUGAUGUGGCUAAGACACACGCUGUUACUGGCUACAGCGAGAUUCCACUGGCUAGUAGCUCGGGACUGGUUUUGGAUAAAGAGGCAAUGAUCAAGCUUCUUCGUGCUAGCACCCGUUCUCUGCGUACCCCUGGUAUCUCUGAGGAGCUGGCCAUGCAGAGUGUCCGCAACCUUGUCUUCCUUGGCCGUUGCUGUGCGCAGAACGGUCUCGAGUUCCAUAGGGCCGGUGACGAGGAAGAGGAAGCCGAAUCUGAUGGCGAGGACGAAGACGAUGCUGGCAGCGAGGUUGAUGGUGAAGACACCACGACGAAGGCUAUCGCCCCCAACAAGUCCGCAAUCCACUACAUCUUCAGACAAAUCUCCUCUCUCCUGCGCCGCGAGAUCAUUUCCACCCGCCCGGGCGUCCUUGUUCCGAAGACAGCCUCCAUCGCACUCCUUGCAGCCCUCAUCCACCACCUCAGCGCAGAGCAAAUCCUACCAUCCCUCCCAAUUAUCCUGCUCCCACUGCAACAUAUGACCGACUCGUCCAUCCCCGCCCCGCGUUCCUCUGACGAGACUUUCCAGAACACAUACAAAUCCCUCGUCUCCAACUGCCACGAGGUCCUGGACUCGCUGCAGAAGAAGCUCGGCACGACGGAGUACAUCGCGCAGAUGAGCAAGGUGCAAGAGGCUAUCAAGGAGUGUCGUGAAGGACGCCGUGUCAAGCGUCGCAUUGAGGCCGUUGCUGAUCCUGAGCGUCACGAGCGUGACAAGAAGAGGAGAAAUGAUCGGAAGAGAGAUAAGCGUCGUGAGAAGGGGCUUGAGCAUCGUGGCAAGAGACGUGGUUGGUAA